AUGUGGACUGCUAAAAGUCUUUGUAGUGUUCAAAUGCAGUUGCUUCACUUGAAGAAAGGCAGACUAUGUAGCUGCAUGUUUCCAAACACUGAGCAGUUCUGGACUGGAAUUCUAAACAACUGUCUCACAACAGCGCCACAUAACAGAGUGGAAUUCCAGGUUUCCAAGUUGAAUGAUAAACAAUCAGUAGCAGAUGAAAGAAUGGCUACUAGUGCAGAGGAAGCUAAAGCAGCUGCUGGAAAAAGUCCUAGUGAAGUAUGUGAUGGAAGCCAACAUCCAUUAGAAGCAAAAAUGAAACACAUCAAUCUGUCAUUUGCAGCUUGUGGUUUUCUGGGUAUUUACCACUUGGGGGCAGCAGCUGCUUUUUGCAAGCAUGGUAAGAAGUUACUGAAAGUUGUGAAAGCUUUUGCGGGAGCUUCUGCGGGAUCACUGGCUGCCACUGUCUUAUUAACUGUACCAGAAAAUAUAGAGAAAAGUAAGCAGUUUGCCUAUGGAUUUGCAGAGGAAGUUAGAAAAUUGGACUUCGGUGCUGUAACGCCUGGUUAUGAUUUUAUGAAAACACUUAGGGAAGGCAUAGAGUCUAUACUUCCUUCAAAUGCUCAUGAGAUUGCUGAGAACCGUCUCUAUGUGUCAGUCACUAACACCAAAACUGGGGAAAAUCGCUUGGUUUCAAAUUUUGCCUCCAGGGAGGACCUCAUUAAGGUCCUGCUAGCAAGUAGUUUUGUACCACUAUAUGCAGGAAUUAAGGCAGUGGAAUAUAAAGGAGAGAAGUGGGUUGAUGGUGGCCUUACCAAUGGCCUUCCUAUCUUGCCUGUUGGAAGAACUGUGACAAUUUCUCCUUUCAGUGGUCGAUUAGAUAUCUGUCCACAAGAUAAAGGACGUGUGGAUCUCUAUCUUAAGCUUGCAAAACAAGAUAUAAUGCUGUCUCUGGCCAACCUAGUGAGACUUAAUAGAGCUUUCUUCCCACCAAACCAGGAGAAAAUGGAAUCAUUUUACCGAAAUGGAUUUGAUGAUGCUGUACGUUUUCUACUGAAAGAAAACUGGUUUGAAUAGAUGAUACAUAGAAAAUUAACAAAACCUGAUGGCUGUCAAAACACAGCUACAGGCAUCCCACAAAAUCUCAAUGACUGUUGUCUCAGUUCCUGUUUGGGAAAAUAAAACUCCAAAUGGAAUUGCAUCUGCUUCUGCUGAGAAAGUAUCUGCCCUGCUCCAAAGACCUGUGUAAACAUGUCAGAAUGGGAAUUGUGGUUGCCUGGUAGUUGUCUUGUUUUGAUGAGGUUCAAACUUACAUCUGUUUUGCUUCAUCUGAGGACUUGAGUGUGGGAUUUGUGAAAAGCUCAUGUGCAACAGCAGGUACAGAAACUUGGGAAAGUAAUUUUUAGUGUUAUUUGAGAGACAAACCAAAAUUAUACCAUAAAAAAAUUACAAACCCGUAUUGUUCAUUUUAAUGUAAUAGUUGUGCAUGCUAAUUGGGUGCUUGCAAUAUUGCUGAUCUAAUAAGUAUCAUGCACUUGAACACUUAGCCCUAGCCACAAUAAAUAAAAUAUUUGCACUUUUUGAUAUGUAUAUUUUUUAACCUGGCCUUUUCCAGUGAAUGGGGUCUUAUAAAAUGUGUAAUAGUAGUUGAAAUUUCUAACAGAAG